UUCGUGCGAGAUUUGAGCAGAGCGCGAGAUUUCGGUCUCCGGUCGCCAAGGAGACGGCGAGGAGUUUCCUCCUGAUGUUUACCUCUGCGGAGCGUUUUGUUGAUUUGUUUACACGAUGGCCUUGCCGCAGCCGAUCAGAAAGCGAUUGGACGACUUCUCCCGGAACAUCUUUAUCGACCAGAGUCGCGCUCAGCAAAAACCCGAGGAGCACGACGCGUUUUUUGGGCACAAAACGCAGGUCGUGUCCAGCCUCCCGCUCCAGAUGUCUCUGUGCUUCAACAUGUGGUUCUUCCCCUUGUGGUGGAUCAGCGAGGUCGUGAUGCUGCACCUCAAGUACCCUGCCCUGCCAGACUACUACAAGUUCAUCCUUGUCACUGUUCUGAUCAUGAUGACUCUAAUUGAGGCCAUUAGACUCUACCUUGGUUAUGCUGGGAACCUGCAAGAAAAGGUCCCAGAGUUGGCUGGUUUCUGGCUGCUGAGCAUCCUGCUGCAGUUUCCACUGAUCCUUUUCCAGCUUUUCAACGAAGCCAUCCUCAUCCAGCCCUUGGAGAGGGGAGUUCACAUUGUUCUUGCCGCGUUCCUGCUCAUACAGGCCCUCUCUGGCUUUGUGGCACUGCGGGAGAUGGUCAGACACACAGAGAGCCAGUUCCAUCUCCGACAGUUUGACUGAUUUUUGCUGCCUCACCUGUUCAUCACCCGUCUGCAUAUUCAGAAACACCAGGACAAAUCUCAGACUGAAAAGCGACUUGGUCUCAAAGUAUUAAUAUUGAUAUUAAGCACAGCAAGUGGGAUAUUUCUUUUCCACAGAGUUGCUAAAGAACCAAGAUAAAGUUUGCACAUAUUUGUUUCUGUUUUUUAUUAUUUAUCCCAUGUUUGUGGUUUUGUAUAAUCCUGUAAAUAAAUGGAAUGUACAUAGUA